CUCCAUUCUACAGGAUCAAAGCUCCUAAGCAGAAGUCAGUCAGUCGGUCAAACAAUCAAAUUCCUCUUCAGCUUUAGCUUCCACUUCCACCUAACAUUUCCAUCUUCCCAAUCUUUCCUCCUCCAUCGGCCCGUGGUCUUUGACUUGUCCGGCUACGCCGUUUACAAAGAGCUACAUUCAGCAAUAUUUGUAACAGAUGGCUUCUUCCUUCCGAGCAUUCCUAAACAGUCCAGUUGGCCCAAAAACAACUCACUUUUGGGGGCCUGUUGCAAAUUGGGGUUUUGUUCUCGCUGGAUUGGUGGACAUGAAUAAGCCCCCAGAAAUGAUUUCUGGCAACAUGACAUCAGCGAUGUGUGUCUAUUCUGCAUUGUUCAUGAGGUUUGCAUGGAUGGUACAACCACGAAACUAUCUACUGUUGGCGUGCCAUGCUUCAAAUGAGACAGUACAGCUCUACCAACUCUCCCGUUGGGCAAGAGCUCAAGGGUAUUUGUCGGAGAAGAAAGACAAAGCUACAUUGCAGUAAAGCAGCUUCAGUUGGAGCCAGCUGCUUUUCGUUUCUUUCCAUUCCAAGUGUCUGUGAGUUUUACUGUGAUCUGUGAAGAUUGUAGUAUUCUGAACUUACUAUUAAAGCAUUCAUUUUGACUGCUAAACCAAUAAUGAUUGUUGGAGUGCAUCUUGAUUGACCCUAUAAUGUGUUCUGAAUCUUGAUUUUACCUGUUAAAAAGGUAAAAUUAGCUUAGAGUUACAGUCACUGUUGAUUUGGGCAUCAAGUCAUGUUUUUAAUAAAUUUGGAAUCGAUUUAGCAGAUCACAGAAUGUAUCAUUUUUAACUUUGUCCA